AUGGAUCAAACUGAGUACCACAGCAAACAAACCUUGACUCAGUUGGUAAACAUUCAAUUUCUAAAAAAGAUCACACAGUUGCUGGUCUCAGUUUCUGUGUUUUCUUACUUCUUUUCUUACCCAUCUUUGUUUUCUUUCCUCCAAUCUUUCAACUUAUACUUCUCUACAUUCCCUUCCCAUCUGUUCUCCCACACAAUAGACAAAAACUGCAUAUUUCUCCUAUGCAAUGGACUCCUAGUUUUCCUUGCUAAAUACUCUGGCCUAACAAGUUCUCUGUCCGGGUCUAAUCAUAAUGAAGAAUCCUUCAAAAGUGCUGGAGAUGGUUUGCAACCCGAACCAUUGAUAAUAUUGGAGACCAAAGAGGCAAUGUUGGAUAAGGAGGCUUUGGUGGAAACCAUUGGUUCUGCAGAAAUUGUUGCUGUGGAACAACAUGGAAGAGAAAUGGACCAUUUCAUCAAAGAAGUCGAAAAAGAAACUGACGAGUCAGUUGUGGAGCAAGGAGGAAGAGGAGAAGAACAAGAACAUGAAGAACAAGAAGAACAAGAAGAAGGAAAUGGGAUGUUGAGUACAGAGGAACUGAACAAGAAAUUUGACGAUUUUAUUAGAAGGGUGAAGGAAGAAAUAAGGAUUGAAGCUCAACAACAACUAGUCAUGGUUCAGUAA